GAAGACGACCCGGAAAAGUUGCUACGGAGUUACUAAGAACGGGAAGCUCACGAAGUGGACAACAAACCGGAGGAGCUUUCACUGGGGUCUCUCGUGCGCCGGAUUGAGCUAGUCAAAGUCACACACUAGGGCAAUGUGUGUUAACCACGUCGACGAUACAAGAAACGUCCUCUUCGGACGAAGACGACCUGGAUCGAAAAGGGAACGUUGAGAAGCGCCACCAGCGACAGCAAACCAUCGGCAUCGGCAAGCAUCGGCCAAAGUGCAUACCUAUUAAAAUCUCAUCCGGCAUGAUUCGGAGUUGCUUGAUGCACUGACUGGAUGCACGACGCGGGUAGCGUAGGGAUUAAAUCUCUGGUGGAUGACCGGCUGACCUGGUCGGACGGAUGGAUCAGCAAUCCGAUAGCUGACACCGGAAAUGGUUACGUGACCUGGCCUAUUGUCAGCGAGAACUUGUUGACCUGUACGGCCGAUGUGUGUGUUCGGAAUGUCAUUCACAGUACCCAAUCCGAGUACGGUGUUACAGAACGCUUGUUGACCCGGGUCGCCGUUUAUCCGCACCAAUGGCCCAUGGCCAAUGGCAGCAUCCCGAAUGCCUGUACCGGGGAUAGCGGCGCGGCCCGAACGAGGCACUGGAUGCACGACGCGGGUAGCGUAGGGAUUAAAUCUCUGGUGGAUGACCGGCUGAGCUGGACGGACGGAUGGAUCAGCAAUCCGAUAGCUGACACCGGACACGGCGACGUGGCCUGAGUUAGGCAAAGUUUUAGCGGGAACUCGUUGACCUCGACGGCCGUGCAAUGCCACCGAAAGCCCAGCGAUUGGAACAUCGGUUUCGGGAAGGUCGCCGCUAACUGGUUGAUUGUUAACUGUCGCUGCUGACCCCGCAUUCACCGCACCUGGUCUGCAGGCAGCGAUGUACGGAUGUGGGACUGCCCGAGCCGCUACUGAUGCCUCGGUGA